AUGGCGAUAAGCGCGUGGCAGGCUCUGUCUCCACUGCAGUGGGCUCGCUGGGGCUGGGAUUCGCUGGUCGGAGGAGCAGGAGGAGGAGGUGGGGAGGAGGCAGACCCUACCAUGGGGCUCCUCCAGCGCCUCGCCUGGGGCUCUCGGCAGGAGUGCAUGAUCCAGGCUGGGACGGGUCCGGCCAGGCAGAGGAGCUCAGACUCUGACGGAGCGUUUGAGACUCCUGAAUCCACCACCCCAGUCAAGGCUGUCGCCCCCCCGCUGCCCCCCCCAGAGGAGUCUGAGCUCAGUCCGAAGGCUCCGCCGCCAGAGGACGCAGAAUUGGGUUCUGACCCUGCCUCUGCUGCAGACCUCUCGUCCACGGUUCUCCACCCCCCCAGUCGCUCAAACUCCACCGUCUUUGAUGAAGACAAGCCCAUCGCCAGCAGCGGCACCUAUAACCUCGACUACCUGAUCGAAGCGGACCCUUUCGCCGACUCGCCUUCGUCCGGGCAACAGGGCCGCACGACCCUGACCCGCUCCCUCAGCCUCCAGGCCGGGGAGCUGAACGGAUCGACGCCGGGGGACAGAACCUCCGCGGCGGGCGGUUCGGAGAAAUCCGUCCACCCAAGGGCUGAGUCUUUCAGCGUAGGGACAGAGAGCGCUCCGGGAACCCUCCGCAGACCGAAAAAGCCCCGGCCCGGAUCCCUGAAGAAGAAGCCCCUGUCCAGACAGAACUCCAACCCCGAGAGCCCUUCCCCCAGGGCCACCUCCUCCAGCAGCACCCCGGAGGUGAAGAAGAGAAGCAAGUCCCGUGCCGAAAGCCCUCUCGAGGCGCAGGAGGGGCAGGAAAGUCCGGCUGCCUCCCCAAGCCCGGGGGGCACGCUUAGGAGAACCAGAGGGAAGCCGCGGGUGGAGAGCCCUCCUCCGGUCGUAGAGGAGAUCGCCGUUGUUCCUGAGCCAGCGUCUGCUCCGCUCAAAGAGGAGACGACAGCUCCUCCUCCAGACGACGCCUCUACAGUUCCUGACGAGGACUCCCCCAUUCCCCCUCCUGCCUCCUACAAAUGGGACCCGGACAACUUUGAAAACAUCGACCCCUUCCGCACAGGUGGGAGUAAGGUGCCAAAUUCCCCUGUCCUGGGAAGGAAAGCAGCGGAAUUUACUCCAUUCCCUGAACCCCCGAAAAGCCCCCCGCUUCCCGAACCCCCCAAAAGCCCCCCAGUCCCUGCUGCACAGCCACCUCCCCCUGCUUCACCUCCCCCCGCUUCACCUCCCCCCAGCCUCGAGGAGCAACCCGUCAACAAACGUCAGCCAAUCAGGCUUGAGUUUGACUACUCUGAGGAGGGUGGGGAGACUGCACGCGACGCCACUCCACCUCCCAAAAAACUGGGCAAGAAACCGGGGGCCAAGAUGCCCCUCAGGAGGCCAAAGCUGGGGCUUAAAAAAGCCCCCCCACCGCAGACGGAACAAAUAGACAACGCUCCCGCGCCCAUUUCAAACAACAACGAGGAUAUCCCCAUUCCGAAGGUGUCUUAUAACUUUGACCCCAAUAAAUGGGAUGAUCCGAAUUUUAACCCUUUCUCAUCGGGUAGUGCUAUCCCCAACUCACCCAAAUUGUCUCGGGGAAGUUAUGACUUCGAUCCGGACAAGUUUGACGAUGCCGUCGACCCCUUCAAGUCGUCCAAUAAAAUGGGCAGCUCUCCCCCUAAAGCUUCCUCUUCUGAGGUGUCGACAAACGACAACGAAAAUGACAACGAUGGCGAGGGUGAGGAUCUCAACCAAAACAAGCCGGCCAAAAAUAAGAAGAAGCCAGUUAAAUCUAACACAUUCAGAGUGAAGAGGUCUCCAAAACGCUCCUCUGUGGCAGAAGUGUCAUCCCAGGCACCCACCUCCGCCCAGGACCCAGCCGACGCCCCCGCCGCCUCCAAACAGGACCACGCCACCGACGAGGAGAAGCUGGCCUCCUCCACCAAUCAGAAAUGGGCAGCUCGACACGACGUGGAGGCGGAGCUGACCUCUGACACUCAGGAUUUCCCCCAGCCGUCCGACCUCACGGCCUUCGUCAACGAGACCAGCCUGCCAGAGCAGGCCCACGACUAUGAGAUUGAGUACAUGGAGAAGAUCGGCCCCUCCUCACCCCCUCUCUCAGUGAAGAAGCCGUCUCUCUAUCUGAAUUUGGACGCUGUGACGGACAGUCCCAAAAAGUCCUCAGACAUUGACUCUCCAUGCACAGGGAGUUUUGAGGAGAUGGAGGCCCAGAUCGCUGGAGGGAAGUCUCCAGUGUUACCUUCCAGUGGGGCACCAGAGGGGGUGGCGUCGGAGAAGAGCAGGAAGAGAGAGAGCGGCUCCGUGAGCCGCGCCCAGAGCAGUGAACGAGACGGGGCGCCCCCCACCCUGGCCCCGGUGGACCCCCCCGAGACCCCCAUCUUAGACAGGCUGUCGGAACCGGCGGCUCCGCUCAGCUACCUGGAGCCCGACCUGGCUGAGACCAACCCCACUGCCUUCGCUCACAAGCUGCAGGAGGAGCUGGUGCUAGCCGCCCUCAGGAUAGAGGCUCUGCAGGUAGCCCAAAACAUCUCUCAGAGCCCCACUCUGUCCUCUGAGCCCCCCCAGAGGGAGGUGGCAUCGCCGACAGACAGCGGAGUCUCUAAGAGCUCCCUCUACUCCAGGGCGGGGUACAGCGAAGGAGAGACGCCCUACCUGCCCCGCGACCUGGACCACUCAUUGGGCAUCGCAAGAGAAGAGAUCGUUGCCAAGGAAAAGGAGGUUGCCGAUUGGCAAAAGAAAUACGAGGAGAGCCGCCAGGAAGUGGCGGAAAUGAGGAGGAUAGUGGCGGAGUACGAGAAAACCAUCGCGCAAAUGAUCGAGGACGAGCAGAAGGAGAAGUCUCUGUCACAUCACACCAUUCAGCAGCUCAUCGUGGAGAAGGACCAGGCACUGGCCGACCUAAACUCAGUGGAGAAAUCUCUGGCCGACCUCUUCCGCCGCUACGAGAAGAUGAAAGACGUGCUGGAAGGCUUCCGUAAGAAUGAGGAAGUUCUAAAGAAGUGUGCGCAGGAGUAUCUAAACCGAGUUCGCCGUGAGGAGCAGCGCUACCAGGCCCUGAAGAUCCAUGCCGAGGAGAAACUGGAUAAAGCGAACGCGGAGAUCGCCCAGGUGCGUGUGAAGGCGAAGCAGGAGCAGGCGGUAUACCAGGCCAGUCUGAGGAAGGAGCAGAUGAAAGUGGACUCACUUGAACGCACGCUGGAGCAGAAGAACAGAGAAAUUGAGGAGCUAACAAAGAUCUGCGAUGAGUUGAUUGCCAAGAUGGGGAAGAGUUAACCAUCA